AUGAUCGGAGCGCUGCUGUCUUAUACCCUUCAUGCUGGACGUCAUUUUUUCUUUCAAUUCGAGGACACAAAAGGACUUUCAAGCAAACUUAUUUAUGUACUUGGGGGAAUUUUAUCACAAGUUGGACAUCGUGUGCUCGAUCCCUUGUUAACGAAAUGGAAACGCAAUGUGAUUGGCCAGCGAGCGUGGAAGCCGGGGCGGAAAAAGAGAUUGGACGCGCCGGUCGCACCCGCCUCGACCCCGCUCUCCUCCGUGCCCCCGUCGCCCGAGCUGGGCAAGCUCCAUCUCGACGUCGAGGUCACCGAAGCGGACAAGCAGGAAGCCGCGCGCUUGAAGGCGCAGGCGAACAAGGCAUUCACUUCUCAUGACUUUAACGCGGCCGCGAACCUCUACUCCGACGCAAUUGAGAAGAAUCCGAACGACUCGACACUCUGGUGCAAUCGCGCAUAUACGCGGAUCAAGCUCGAGGAGUAUGGCUACGCCCUCUCCGACGCUACCCGUGCCAUAGAACUCGAUCCUAGAUAUGUGAAGGCGUACUAUAGACGGGCAACAUGCCACAUGCAGAUCUUGAAGCCCCAGUCGGCCGUCGCGGACUUCAAGAAGAUCCUGGCGAUAGAGCCUAACAAUGAGACGGUGCGGUCGCAGAUGGUGUCAACGCAAAAGUUGAUACGCAAGAUCGAGUUCGAAAAAGCUAUCGAGGUCGAAGGAGAGAAGAACCCCGUGGACAGGUGUAGGGAGAUCAUCGUGGAAGGUGGGUGUGAAAUUGACGCGACAUACGCCGGCCCGAAGCUCCCACAGGAAAACGGGAAAUACUACAUGACGGCAGAGUUCAUCCAGGAGAUGAUCCAAUGGUUCAAAGAAGGCAAGACGCUGCAUAAGCGGUACGCAUGGGAGAUCGUCAUGGGUGCAUACGACCACUUCGUCAAAGAGGAGAGCCUGGUAAACGUUGACAUACCAGAGGGUGUAUCCGUUGACGUUAUUGGUGAUGUUCACGGGCAAUUCUACGACGUGUUGCAUCUGUUCUCGUUGACGGGACCGCCGACAGAGAAACAUUACCUGCUGAUGAACGGAGAUCUCGUUGAUCGCGGUUCGUGGUCCAUCGAAGUCAUCCUUCUUGCCUUCGCCUACAAGUGGCUAUACCCGAAAUACAUGUACCUCAACCGUGGCAACCACGAGGCAAAGGAUAUGAAUCGGACAUAUGGGUUUGAGGGGGAGGCGAAACAUAAGCAUGGAGAGCAAGCUUACAAGCUUUUUGCUCAUGUAUUCACGACAAUGCCAUUGGCGACGCUACUGCAUGCCACCAAGCCUCCAUCACCCAAGGAUCCCAUAUGCAUCCUUUCUCCAGAAGGACGGCGCCGCUUCUUUGUUGUGCAUGGCGGCUUGUUCAGCAAAGACGGCGUCACGCUAGAUGAGAUCCGGAAAAUUGAUAGGAUUGGGAGGCAGCCCGGUCAGGAGGGUCUAAUGUGCGAGCUGCUGUGGACUGAUCCACAACAAGCGCCUGGUCGUGGUCCUAGUAAACGGGGUGUUGGCAUUGCCUUUGGGCCUGAUGUAACGCAACGAUGGUGCACUCUGAAUGGCGUUACAGGUAUCAUCCGCAGUCAUGAAGUUCGACAGAACGGCUACGAAAUAGAGCACGAUGGACUGUGCACGACUGUCUUUUCUGCUCCGAACUACGUGGACCAGUCCGGCAAUAAAGGAGCAUUCAUCCGUAUUGAUGCUACUGGCAAACGAGUAUACACUCAAUUCGAGGCUUCACCACAUCCUCCUAUGAAGCCAAUGGCGUACGUCCAGGGGGGACUAGGGAGCUUGAUGAUGGCAUAG